AUGAGGCAGCUUGAGCGCCAGAUCAAGCGCGAAGCCAGCGGCUCACCACCACCGAAGAAACCAAGAGAGCCAACGCCGGACUUGACGGACGUUGUGAGCGUUCUGGAGAGAAAGCGUCGAUUGACACAGUGGGACAUCAAGCCUCCUGGCUACGACAAUGUGACUGCUGAGCAGGCCAAGCUGUCGGGCAUGUUUCCUCUUCCUGGCGCUCCACGGCAGCAGCCAAUGGACCCAGCUAAACUGCAGGCUUUCAUGAACCAGCCAGGAAACCAGGCAAGCAGCUCGGCAUUGAAGCCUUCUAGUGCACGUCAGUCCAAGCGUGUCAUGGUGCAUAACCUUCCACCAUCUGCCACAGACGAGAGCAUGGUCGACUUCUUCAACCUGCAACUCAACGGCCUGAACAUCACCCGCGGUGUCGAUCCAUGCAUUUCCGCUCAAUGCAGCAAGGACAAGACAUACGCGCUUGUCGAAUUCAAGACUCCAGAAGAUGCGACCAACGCCAUGGCUCUCGAUGGCAUUACUAUGGACCACGACGCCAUGGACACGAGCGGAGCAUCGAAUGGCGCACCGAAAGGCCUCCAGAUCAAGCGUCCUCGAGAUUACAUUGUGCCCAACGUCAUCGACGAGACUGAGAACGAAUCUGGACUACUGUCUAACACUGUCCCGGACACGCAAAACAAGAUCUCUAUCACUAACCUGCCUUCUUUCUUGGCCGAGGAGCAGAUUCAGGAGUUGCUCAUGUCCUUUGGCGAACUCAAGAGCUUCGUUCUGGUUAGGAAUCAGUCGAGUGGAGAGAGUCGCGGCAUCGCGUUCUGCGAGUACAAGGAUCCCAGCGUGACCAAGGUUGCCGUGGAUAGUCUCAAUGGCAUGGAGUUGGCAGACACUGCGAUGCGCGUCAAACUGGCCAGUAUCGGUAUUCAGCAAGUCAGCAGCGAGAUGAGCGUCAACGCCAUGAGCUUGAUGGCUGGUGCAAAGUCGACCGAUGCGGACAAUGGCCGUGUGCUCGCCUUGAUGAACAUGAUUACACCGGAGGAACUGAUGGACCCAGAUGAUGCUGACGAGAUUCUCGAGGAUGUCAAGGAGGAAUGUGCCAAAUACGGUCCGCUGCUCGAAGUCAAGAUGCCUCGACCUACAGGUGGCUCUCGCCAGAGCACUGGUGUUGGCAAGAUUUAUCUCAAGUACGAAACGUCCGAGCACGCUGCGAAGGCUUUGGCUGCAUUGGCAGGCCGAAAGUUCGCGGAUCGCACCGUCGUGGUCACUUACUUCGGCGAAGAGUACUUUGAUGUCAACGCCUGGUAG